CGGAAGCAGCCGCUGGCAUGGCGGCGGCCAUGCCGCUCGCUCUGCUGGUGCUGCUGUUCCUGGGGCCAGGCGGCUGGAGCCAGGCAGAGCCCCCACGCGACACCCUGCGGGAGGAGCUCGUUAUCACCCCGCUGCCUUCCGGGGACGUGGCCGCCACCUUCCAGUUCCGCACGCGCUGGGAUUCGGAGCUGCAGAGGGAACGAGCGUCUCAUUACAGGCUCUUCCCCAAAGCCCUGGGGCAGCUGAUCGCCAAGUAUUCUCUCCGCGAGCUGCACUUGUCGUUCACGCAGGGCUUUUGGAGGACCCGAUACUGGGGGUCCCCCUUCCUGCAGGCCCCAUCAGGCGCAGAGCUCUGGGUCUGGUUCCAGGACACUGUCACUGACGUGGAUAAGUCGUGGAAGGAGCUCAGUAACGUCCUCUCGGGCAUCUUCUGCGCCUCUCUCAACUUCAUCGACUCCACCAACACAGUCACUCCCACGGCCUCCUUCAAGCCCCUGGGGCUGGCCAAUGACACUGACCACUACUUCCUGCGCUAUGCCGUGCUGCCGCGGGAGGUUGUCUGCACCGAGAACCUCACCCCGUGGAAGAAGCUGCUGCCCUGUAGUUCCAAGGCCGGCCUCUCUGUGCUGCUGAAGGCGGACCGCUUGUUCCACACCAGCUACCACUCCCAGGCCGUGCACAUCCGCCCCAUUUGCAGAAAUGCACGCUGCACCCGCGUCUCCUGGGAGCUGAGGCAGACCCUCUCGGUUGUCUUUGAUGCCUUCAUCACGGGGCAGGGGAAGAAAGAGUGGUCCCUGUUCCGGAUGUUCUCCCGAACCCUCACCGAGCCCUGCCCCCUGGCUUCAGAGAGCCGAGUGUAUGUGGACAUCACCAGCUACAACCAGAACAAUGAGCCGUUGGAGGUGAGCCCUCCCCCCACCACCACGUACCAGGACGUCAUCCUGGGCAGCCGGAAGACCUAUGCAGUCUAUGACCUGCUCGACACAGCGCUGAUCAACAGCUCCCGCAACCUCAACCUCCAGCUCAAGUGGAAGAGACCCCCAGAGAGCGAGGCCCCGCCGGUGCCCUUCCUGCACGCCCAGCGCUACGUGAGUGGCUACGGGCUGCAGAAGGGGGAGCUGAGCACCCUGCUCUACAACACCCACCCGUACCGCGCCUUCCCUGUGCUGCUGCUGGACACCGUGCCCUGGUACCUGCGGCUCUACGUGCACACGCUCACCAUCACGUCCAAGGGCAAGGAGAACAAACCAAGUUACAUCCACUACCAGCCUGCCCGGGACCGCCUGCAGCCCCACCUCCUGGAGAUGCUCAUCCAGCUGCCCGCCAGCUCGGUCACCAAGGUCUCCAUCCAGUUUGAGCGGGCCCUGCUCAAGUGGACCGAGUACACCCCAGACCCCAACCACGGCUUCUAUGUCAGCCCGUCUGUCCUCAGUGCCCUCGUGCCCAGCGUGGUGGCAGCCACGCCCGCGGACUGGGAAGAGAGCCCCCUCUUCAGUACCCUGUUCCCGGUCUCCGACGGCUCCAGCUACUUCGUGCGACUGUACACAGAGCCGCUGCUGGUGAGCCUGCCCACGCCGGACUUCAGCAUGCCUUACAACGUGAUCUGCCUCACGUGCACCGUGGUGGCCGUGUGCUACGGCUCCUUCUACAACCUCCUCACCAGGACCUUCCACAUUGAGGAGCCCAGCACCGGCGGCCUGGCCAAGAGGCUGGCCAACCUGAUCCGGCGCGUGCGCGGCGUGCCCCCGCUCUGAGGCCCGCGCAGCUGCACCUGCUCGCUCUCCGGGGAGGGGCGUGCCCACGCCGAGGGCUCUUUCUGCCACUUGCUCGCCCCCGUGUUGGCUUUGGAACCAGACUGUCCCCGGAGCAGGCCAGGGCCUAGGGCUGCGCUGUCCAUCCCUGGUCGUGAGCCCAGCGUGGGUCUGAAGCCAGAUGGACUGGCAGGAAGAACCCGGUUCCUCCGCGGUAGCAGCCGCAUUUUCACUGCUGUAACCAGGAGUGGGCACGGCCUGGACGGUUCCGCCCCGCCGCCGCAGGGCCGGGUGGCGGGAGUGCAGUGGAGCCUCACUGUGUGGGGGUGCUGCUUCCUGCUCAUGGAAUAAAAAGGGGCCCCUCCUACCCCCGCAGGAAGUUUCUUGUCUGCUCCCCCUCCCCCACCCCACCUCCCUUCAUCUGAUUGUGAUUCCCAGGAUUCCGGGAGUCUGGCGGGAGUGUUUCUGAGCAAGGACUCCCUGCCCACAAGAAUGAGUCUCACUGCUUUCGGGGGCUCUGGAAGCCGCUCCCCACCCCUACGGCUAGCGCGGAGAGGGCCCUGCACCGCUGGCCCAGCCUGUGGUUUUCAGCAGCUCCCAGGAGGUUGUGGGAGGUCCCCAGACCACCCUGAAGCUGGCUCCCGCCCCUGCCUGCUUCCCCUUCUAGGGUUACAGGGACCCCUGCCUGGGCUCCUGUAAAACGGACCCCUAGGUGAUGCCCCCACUGCCGCUUCCAUUGGCUUCCCUGGCACCCCUGAGUGACUUGUUCCCUCCCACCCUGCCCCAUGCCCUCUUCCAUCCUGCAGCUUCGGCUGAGGCCACCCUGUGCUGCCGACUGGCCCCUCCCCCAGCUGCUUAGUUCACUUCCUUAGAAAACCAGGUGAGGCCUUGCUUCCUCCAGGAAGUCUUCCCUGCAUGAGGUCCCCCUGCCACUCCGCUACCACAGCUGCCCAGACUUCACAGUUGCUAUGCCCUGGCCACUGCGCCCGUGCUGCCCGGAGGCACAGGCUGUCUUUCACCGAGCCCGGCAGGUGGUGAAUUGGAUGGCUUCAAGCUGUCCUGGGGUGGGAUCUGGGCUCCAGGGCAGGCAUGGGGCAAGGGUGCCCUCGAAGCCCCAGGAGUGAGUGCAGCAGUGCUGUGGGGUCUGUGGGGCCAGCCUAGACCAGCUGUUCCCAGAGCCCCGGAACAAACAGGAAGGAAAGGUGGGAGCCGUGGGCUGGAGCAGCGUGCUCGAGAGGCAUGAAUACGCAGGCUGUAAGAGGCACUGCGGUGGCUGGGUGCCCGGAGAAGCUGGGUGGUCUGGGCAGCCUGCAGGUCACCGGUGUCUGCCAGGUCGGGGAGCACGGAGCAUGGGCCUGGCUGACUGCACACCAGCUGGUGCCUGGAAGCCGCCUCUGCUUCCACGAGUGUGUAACCUGCGUUGACAAAACCGCGCGUUCUCCGUCCAGCGUCCUCCCUGAGUUCAUUCGCUCAGCUGCCUGCUGGGGCAGCCCCACCCGCUGUCUGAGGGCACCUUGAGUCUCCCCCCACACCGCUGACGUGCUUGCCCACAGUCAUCUCUGUCAGGGCGACUCGGUCACCUCCGUCUUCCCCCACUCUUCGUCCCAUGUCCUGUGCAUGCUCGCCUUCACACCACCUCCACGAGGAAGCUGUCGUUGAGGUCUUCCCUGGCCACAUCCUGGCUCAGGUUGCUACCCCAGGGCCUGGGCUCACGGUGCAGCAGGCUAAACCCUGCUUGUGACCCCAACAUCCUAUAUGGAGUGUCUUUGAGUUCUGGCUACUCCGCUUCUGAUCCAGCUUCCUGCUAAUGUGCCUAGGAAGAGUGGAAGAGGGUCCAAGCAUGUGAGCCCUGCUGUCUAUGUGGGAGAUCUGGGUGGGGUUGCUGCAUCCUGUAUGGUAGAAUGAGAAGGCCAUGUCAAGAUGGCCACUGGCAAGUGAACGUCAGUUACUCAGGAAUGACUUUGGAAACCACAUGGCAACGGAGCCUGCCUGGCAACAGGCUGUGAUUGGAUGGCUUGGGAAAAUGCCUGGCAACAGGCUGUGAUUGGUUAGGGCAUAGACCGCCCCUUGACCAAUUGGCUGCCUUGGCUAUAUAAGCUGCUGUACCAACUGAAAUAAAUGAGUCUGCAGGCUGCUCGCCUCUGGCCCACUGUCACCCGACUCCUGGGGUCUGUGUGGUGACUUCGUGCCUCUUGCCUCCACUGCGCUCCUCCUCUCAGAACAAAUCCACAGCAACAGUCCUGGUUUUGGCUUGGCCCAGACCUGGGUGUUGCAAUCAGUUGGAGAAUGGGCCAGCAGAAGGAAAAUCUCUAUUUCUUUCUCUGCCCCCACCCCCGCUCCCCCUCCCUCUGUUGCUCUGCCUUUUAAAAAAAGAAAAGAAUUUAGGGCUGGCACUGUGGCACCAUAGGCUAAGCCUCUGCCUGUGGCACUGGCGCUGGCCCAUAUGGGUGCCAGUUCAUGUCCUGGCUCUGGCUGUCCCACUUCUGACCCAGCUUGCUCCCUAUGACCUGCGGAAGCAGUGGAGGUUUGCUAAAGUGCUUGGGCUCCUGCACUCAACUGGAAAACCUGGAAGAAGUUCCUGGCUUUGGAUAAGUCCGACCCCAGCUGUUGUGGCCAUUUAGGGAGUAAACUAGCAGAUGGAAGACCUUUCUGUCUCUCUCUCUCUCUCUGUAACUACAU